AGUCUAUAGAUCUUUUCAGGCAACACCUGCUUACAGCCCUCGCAGAUUUACCUGAACAUGCCUAUUUGUCCUGUCUGUGACUCAUCGAUAGACGCCGAUCAAGCAGCUUUCGAACAUCAUGUAAACAACCAUUUUGUCGAGAGCGCAGGAACGAGCAGUAUUGGGAAAGAGACGUCGAAAGAAGGGAGUAUGAAGAGAGGGCGUGAAGAGUCUUUAGUAGCUCCCGAGCUUGACAUAUGCCCUGCCUGCGAUUUCCCUCUAUCAUUUCUAACCCCGAUCGAGAGCCAAACUCACCUCGCAACAUGUCUUUCUGGCCAAGAGAUAGAAGAUGAUGUGGAGUUCGAUUAUUCCUCAAUAGAUAUUACAGCGCAACAGCAGAGGGACAAUGAUGUAAUUGAUAAGGAAUGGGACGGACCUGCUAGACCUGGAAAGUGGACAGGAUGGGUCGGCAGGAAGGUCGAGAAAGGUGACCGUUGGUGGGAUCCCCUUAAUGGGUCAACGGUUCCUAGUGAAUUACCCAGCAACUUUUCGCCUGGCGUGAUAAUUAUAUUAGCCGCGGCACUUCGCACAUCAGCUCACCAAGGGAAAACACGGCGGGCUGUACUAUGUCGGGAUACUGCUCAUAUCAAGGGCGUAUGGAAAUUUGAUCUUGGUUGGGGUUGUGGGUAUCGCAAUGCAUUGAUGUCCCUUACUUCUCUCCUCUCUGUACCCUCGUACGCCCCUCUGUUCUCUAAAUCCAUAAACGGCGCCGAGCCAGGGGUGAGAAGAGUUCAAGGAUGGAUAGAGGAAGCGUGGGAAGAAGGAUACGACCCGGAGGGAAAACAACAAUUGGGUGGGACGGUAUUGGGGAGGCGGAAAUGGAUCGGGCCGAGUGAUUUGUAUGCCAUGUUCACUUACAAGGGAAUACCGUGUAUUAUAUGUCAGUAUUGCCAUUUCUUAUCCGUGUUUGGAGGAUUAACUCGAUCAUCAGAUGAUUUCCCAAAACCCCCAAGUGCCAAAGAUGAUAGUAAAGCUGCCUAUGCCCGGUUACAACAAUGGGUUAAAGAUUAUUUUAAUGAAAGCACAGAGAGUCCGUCAAAUGGAUCGGCGUUUGACGUCCUUAUGCGUUCGGGUGAGAACGGCUCCGGGAGAGGAGAAGUUGUCAGAGUGUCGAUUAAAUUCCCACUUAUUCUUCAGCAUUCUGGUCACUCAAGAACAAUUGUCGGUUACGAAGAAAACGCGCGAGGAGAUGUCAAUCUUUUGCUCUUUGAUCCUGGAAAAACGAUGCCCAAAGAUAUCCGCAACGCCGCUCUCACCCAUCUCGCCAAAUCACGAGCCCAAGCGUUACCGCUUAUAAAUACUUCCCUCUCUACAUCGGGCAACGAUAACGCAGGCAACGAUGAACGGUCAAGGCGGCCAGGAGGUUUGAGGAAAAAAUCGUCUUCCCAAUCACAGCUAGAAAAGACGCAUGAGAGCGUGCCGUUUUCUCCGCCUUUUACGAAUGGGAGGGCUGAAGUCAUAUAUGAUGUCGAUAGGGAUAAGAACACGAGUGGGGUUGAGAGUCAAACAGUUGAACAUUUGCGUGGUGGUGCUCAAGAUGGCUCGGACCAAGGUGGAAAAUCACCAAGUACAGCUAUACCCAUCGAAGACGACGAAGAGAUCACUCCUUCUGGCUGGGUUCGUAAGAAACGCGCACUCAAAUCAAAGAUCUCCUCUCCUUCUUCCACAUCCAGAACCUUAAUUGACCCGACUUCCCCUACGCAGGCGAUAAAGACGCUCAAUCACUUUCGGGUCAAUUUGGGGAACUUGUCAAAGCAUACGCAGUAUCAGAUAUUGAUGUUUACCGGCGGGCCGGUAUUGAGUGAUAGUGAAAAGGAGAGAAGAAAGAUUGUUAGUAGUACAGUCAUAAGAUAAUGAGCUCCAAGCCCAAAUCCGGAAUGUUAUAUAUAUAUAUAUUUGUAGCGCAUAUGUAUGUUUAUAUUGGG